GACUGCCUCCUCCCAUUUCAUCACAAAGAAAUUCAAAAGCUUCAUCUUCUCUUGAAAGUAAAAUAAAAUCUUCCGCAUACGCAAAAAAAUUGUCUCAUCGAUAUGGAUUUCAGGAUCAUGGCUUUAGACGAUCCCCUCUUGUCGACUCUGCAACACCUGAUAGAUGCGACCGAGCACGACGCCGACAAGCCGUCCAACGCUCCGACGCGGACCUACGUGAGGGACGCCAAGGCAAUGGCGGCGACGCCGGCUGACGUGAAGGAGUAUCCCAACUCGUACGUGUUCAUAGUGGACAUGCCGGGGUUGAAGUCAGGGGAUAUCAAGGUGCAGGUGGAGGACGACAAUGUGCUGCUCAUAAGUGGAGAGAGGAAGCGGGAGGAAGAGAAAGAAGGGGCCAAGUAUGUGAGAAUGGAGAGGAGGGUCGGCAAGUUUAUGAGGAAAUUCGUGCUGCCUGAGAAUGCAAAUACCGACGCCAUUUCGGCCGUUUGUCAGGACGGAGUGUUGACUGUUACCGUGGAGAAAAUGCCACCUCCCGAGCCCAAGAAGCCCAAGACUAUUGAAGUUAAGAUUGCUUGAAGAAUUUGAAGUGGGCGUGUUUUCAGGCAAUAAGAUAAAAUUGUGGGUUUUUGAGAUGGCUUACGUUUUCUUUGUUGUUGUGUUUGAGUUUAUAAUGUUUUGUUUUGUUCUGGGAUGCAGUGAGGAUUUUCUUGUGGAUGUGCAUAGUAAAUAUUAUCAAUGAAGCCUAUAUUUCGGAA